AUGAGGAGAUAAAGGACUUUUAUGAGUAUAUUUCUCCUCGUCCAGAGGAGGAGCACAUGAGGCUAGAGGUUGUGGCCAGGAUCCACAGAGUCAUCAAGGACUUGUGGCCCAAUGCCGAGUGAUAUAGACUUGGUGGUUUUUGGUCACUGGGAGACUUUACCUCUCUGGACUCUGGAAGAGGCGCUGCGCAAGAGAAAAAUUGCAGAUGAGAACUCUGUCAAAGUCCUGGACAAAGCAACGGUCCCCAUCAUUAAACUGACAGACUUGCACACAGAGGUAAAAGUGGAUAUCAGCUUUAACGUACAGAAUGGUGUUAAAGCUGCAAACCUCAUCAAGGACUUCAAGCAG